AUGAACAAGUCUUUGUUUUCCUUCGUUUUGUUAUGCAUAUGCUUGCUUCAAAUAAGCAAAUUAGGUUUAUGCUUACAAGGAAAAGCUCAUAAGGGUAACAAUGGAUUGAAACGCCGUGGAGUCACAAGUGUCACUAGUUUUGGAGCUGUCGGCGAUGGCAAGACCGAUGAUACUAAGGCAUUUCUUAAUGCAUGGAAAGCUGUAUGUAACGGAGGAAGUAGAGGCAAUAGACAGCUUCUAGUUCCUCGAGGAAAGACGUUCAUGCUUAAGCCUCUUACAUUUGAAGGUCCAUGCAAGUCUUCUUCCAUCUUCUUCUUGAUAAGAGGCAAUCUUGUUGCACCUAAUCACCCUUGGCAUGCGGGAACUUACCCUGCAUGGAUAAGUUUUGACAGUAUCAACGGUCUAGUCAUCACCGGAGGCGGCACCGUCAACGGUCGUGGUUCUGUGUGGUGGAGAAAAGUUCAUCAUCGUCCCACUGCAAUGCAUUUCAACAACUGUAAUGGUCUUCACAUCUAUAAUCUCCGACACUUGAACAGUCCUCGGAACCACAUAAGUCUAGGCUGCUCAGAGAACAUCAACCUCUCUGGUCUAAAUAUGUUUGCACCUGGUGAUAGUCCCAACACGGAUGGUAUCGACAUAUCGAACUGUAGAGGGGUCGACAUACGUGACUCUGUGAUUGCCACUGGUGAUGACUGCAUUGCCAUUAACAGAGGGUCCUCUUAUAUUAACAUAACCGGCAUUUUUUGCGGUCCUGGUCAUGGCAUUAGCGUAGGGAGCCUUGGAGAAAAUGGAUAUUUUUCAGCGGUUGAAGAAGUGAGAGUAAAGAACUGUACUUUGACAAACACAAUGAACGGUGUCCGAAUCAAGACAUUCCAGAACGGAUCAGGAUUCGCUAGGAAAAUCUCCUUUGAGGAUAUCAAAAUGGUGGCUUCAGAGAACCCUAUCAUCAUCGAACAAAACUACCACGAUCGGGCCAAUAACGCAGAAGCUAGCUUUGAAUAUAGUAACUCUCAAAGCUGUCAUGUAAAUCGCCUUCACCAUACUCUGUCUGGUUCUGGUAAUGGGAGAGGCGUGAAAGUGAGCGAUGUGAGUUACACUAGAAUACACGGUUCAUCAGCGAGCGAUGAAGCCAUAACGAUGAACUGCGAUGCGGACUUGGGAUGUGUAGAUAUCGUGAUGAACCAUGUGAAUAUUGUUUCAGCGAGGUCAGGUCACAAGGUGUUAGCUUCUUGCAAGAAUGUUCAUGGGAAGUACUUUGAUUCACUUAUUAGCUGUCAGAAAAAGCAUUAG